AAAAUUCAUAAAGAUAUUUUGAAGACUUAAAGUUCAAAUUAUCUGAUUGGCUGAAGUUAACUAAAAAGUAAAUAAGCCUGAUUGGUUGUGCUAUGUUUCUCAUUCAGAUUAUAAAAGUCGUUCAGAUAAAGGAAUAUCUAUUUUAGAAACUUCUUGACGGUAUUUUGUGUUAAGUAGGAGUAAAACAAGCCUUGGAAUAGGUGAAUAUUAUAUUUUUUUUUAUUGUAUUAAAUACCUAUGGAUAAUUAAGGAUUAUUCACUAAAUGUAAAACAGAACAACUGUACAAAGUAAAAAAAUACCAUUCACUCUAUAAUUGCAAUGAAGUUAAAAUGUGAAACAUCGUUGAUCAAGUUUCAGUAAAACGGGAUGUUUAAAAAUUAUGCACGAACAGUUCAGUCAAUUAGCUGCUCUUGAGAAAUCAAGCAAAACAAGUGAACUAUCAGAUAAAAAAACAACGAAAAAACGUCCAAGUUUUCAACCUACCAUGAAAAAUGAUGUAGCCAACAGCUCACCGUCGAAAAGCUUUCCUAAAGUCUGGGAGUUUAAAAACAGUAGAAAAAGACGACAAGCUGCACGGCCAAGAUCUCGAGAUAAAAGGCUCUGAAGAACAAGGAAAUGACCAUAGUGAAGAACAUCAGAAUGUAAUACCAACUAAAGAGGCCUUUCUCAAAACUUUCCCAGUCGAAAGGAAUAUUCGCGGUAUUAUUAGAAAGCCAAAUAAUAAACUGCGGUUUCGAUAUCACUCAGUAGGAUUACUAAAUAACUUAUUUUCACUCACUUCCAAUACAAAUGGUAGCAACAGAUCAGCAGGCAAACCCUGUGCAUCAGCAAAUCUACCAGACACAUCACGUCAGUCAAACGUCAGACGAUACACCAUCAACCUUGCAGAGGGUAAAAAUGAGUUUAAAAGUCAAGAACUGAAAGAAGCAGCAUCGUGUAUAGGUAUUGGCGGAGACAAUUCUAUCUUAGAAGAAAUUCGGGAACCACUGACAUUGGAAAGAAUAAAUUCACAUUAUCAGCCCCUUUGCCGCAGUACUGUUAUCAAUAAUAGUAAUGAUAAUAAUAAUAGUAAUAAUAAUAAUCAAGGCACUUUACGUGAUCGAGCAUGGUCUAUGUACAAUCUUAAAGAACAAUUUAUAUCAUUUUUUCAACCAUCAGAUAAUAAACUAGCGCUUAAGUUGUUUGGUAAUAAAGUUGCACUAGCAUGUGAAAAGCGUCGACAACGUGAACAAGGCAAAUGGAUUAUACAUCCAUGCAGUAAUUUCCGAUUUUAUUGGAAUGUUAUAAUGCUCAUUCUACUAAUGGCUAACCUCAUAAUGUUGCCGGUGAUAAUUUCAUUUUUCAAUGAUGAUCUUCCUGGAAAUUGGCUUAUUUUCAAUAGUAUUUCCGAUACCCUAUUUAUACUGGAUAUUAUUGUAAAUUUUCGUACUGGGAUUAUCAGGAAUGAUUUUGUGGAUGAUAUUAUACUGGAUCCUGCAGAAAUUGCACGUGAAUACUGUAAAACAUGGUUCAUUUUAGACCUAAUAAGUUCAAUACCAAUGGACUAUGUUUUAUUUGCCUUUAAAGGAUAUGAACAAGGUGAACGAGCUGAACACUUAGUGCAGGCAGGUCGUGCAUUAAGGAUAUUACGAUUAGCGAAACUAUUGAGUUUACUAAGGCUUCUACGUCUUUCACGUUUAGUUCGGUAUAUAACUCAGUGGGAAGAAUUCAUCAAUAUUGCAAGUAAAUUUAUGGGGAUAUGCAAUCUAGUCUUAAUCAUGCUUAUAUUGGGUCACUGGAACGCAUGUUUACAAUUUCUUGUACCUAUGCUCAUGGAUUUCCCCGUGGAUAGUUGGGUUAGUAAAUCACGCUUACAGAAUGCUUACUGGUUUGAACAAUACACAUGGGCGUUAUUUAAAGCUCUUUCACAUAUGCUUUCAAUUGGUUAUGGACGUUAUCCGCCAAGUACACUACCAGAAGCGUGGAUUACCAUUAUAAGUAUGAUGACAGGUGCAACGUGUUAUGCCCUGUUUGUUGGUCAUGCGGCUGCACUGAUACAAUCCUUUGAUGCAUCUAAGAGAAAAUAUCGAGAAAUGUUAAAACAAGUUGAAGAAUACAUGGCCUAUAAAAAGUAUCCUCGAGAAUUGAGAAGACGUAUUGCUGGUUAUUACGAACAUAGAUAUAAAGGUAAAAUGUUCAAUGAAAAGGAGAUAUUAGGUGAAUUAUCAGAAUGCUUGCGAGAGCAAAUUAUCAAUUACAACUGUCGUGCCUUAGUAGCAUCUGUUCCAAUAUUUGCUAAUGCUGAUCAGAAUUUUGUAUCAGAAGUCAUUGUAAAAUUGAAACAAGAAGUAUUUCAACCCGGUGAUUUGAUUAUUAAAGAAGGUACUUAUGGUACAAAAAUGUAUUUCAUACAAGAAGGAGUUGUGAAUAUCAUUACUAAGGACGGUGUUCUAGCUACAAGAUUAUCGGAUGGCUGCUAUUUUGGAGAAAUAUGCUUAUUAACGAAUGCACGACGUGUAGCGAGUGUAGAAGCUGAAACCUAUUGUACACUUUAUUCAUUGGACCAAAAACAUUUUUAUGAUGUCUUAGAAAACUAUCCGGAGAUGAGAGUAACACUAGAAAAGGUUGCCGCAGAACGUUUACAGUCUCUUGGUCGUCGAACAUCGAUCAUACAGUCAUCAAAAUUUAUAAAUGAACAGUCAGAUUAUGCUUUAAAAAUUGCUGAUGAGGUUAUAAAACAUCAACAUCAUGCAACGUACUGCUCAAAAGACGAUUGUACUAACCCAUAUUACAGUGACAAAACAACUAAUCAACCGUUUAAAUCGGAUUAUUUGAUUAAAAAUGAACCAAUCACUGCAGAUAAUUCAAAUGAUGUGACAAAUCCUGUUUUCAUCAAAUCAAAAGAUGGUAUGGAAUGUACUCAUCAACAAAAUCAUCUUGACAAUCAAAAUAAAUCGAAACAGAAUCAACCUACUAUAAUUACGACAAGUGUACACUCCUCAAGUGAAUGUAGAACCACUCAUUAACAGGCUUAUUUAUAUCAGGUGUAU